AUGGGAAAGAGCGCAAAAAUAUUUUGCAUGGACUACGCACAGUGCCGAAGCAUACUGGAUGAGGAUAGCGACGAAGGCAUGCACCCAAACAUAGACGAGCGCACUUUUAAGAAGUGGAAAAGAGAAAAGAAGGAUCUAGUGAAGGUCCAGCUAAGGGCCCGUCUAGAGGAGCUGAUGGGUGCAUCAGAUGAGACAAAAGAAGAAUCGAAAAAAGAGAUAGAGACAAUAAACCGCCUGCUAAAGGAGGAAAUAGUAGAAAGAGUGACGUAUACUCAGGUGGCAUCCUCGCCUUCUGUAUUUGAAAUUGCUGCAGUAGAAACAGAUGUAUCUGCGCUGUUCCAGAUAAUAGAGGUCAUCUGCGGAACAGGCUGUGUUAUAGAGUACAUAGAGGUUCUUACAGAAACAAUAAAGACCUGCUCUGCUGAUGAGAUAGAGGACUAUCUCCUUCUUUGUAUAAAGCACAAUAUACAGGAAAAGUAUUUUGAGGCUGCAAAGAGAAUUUCACAGUGCGUGAUAGCUCUGGAGUACAUUAAGCUAGAAAGCGGAAGACUCAACCAAAAUAUUAUUAUGGGCAUACAGAGAGAGGGAGCAGCGUACUAUGAGAGAAUUCUUAGUGUGUAUCAGACAAAAGAGUGAAAAUAAAACAGACUCUUUUGAAGAAGAAUAUUAUUUAACAGAAUAGAAAAGAAGCAAGCAUACGCAGAGGCAGUGUAUGGCAGGCUGUGCAGAGAAGAACAUGCAGUGGAUCUGUGGUAUUUAGUCUGUAGAGGUCCUAUGGUGUAGCGGUAGCACCCGGGACUUUGAAUCCCGUAACCCGAGUUCGAUUCUCGGUAGGACCACUGCUUUUUGCUAGUAAACAAGCACCUGCCUAAUCGUAGCGCAGAAAAUACCUUUGAGAAGCACUUCCUGCUGGGCCGUGAUCGCUCUCUGCGGGGUGGCCAUGACCACUAUUUCUGUUAUCCGAUUGAGUGUGCUUCUUAUGUCAAUGCCUAUUGAGAGAGACUUCUUUAGGUGUACAUACAGCUUUCCUGCGCUAUGGUGCAGGUGUGCGGGAGAAAACUCCUCAAUAAAUAUUAGCUCUAGAAUAUGCAUGUAGUACUUGCUAAGAGCCGGCUUGGCUAUUUUUUGG